GCGAGGAGCUGCGAGUCGAUAAGAGAGAGGAGUUUAAAUCCCCGCGAUCACACGCGCCGCGUUGCUUUCCGGUGGCGCGCAGGAGGACACGGGAGACCGUACGCACGCGGUCGGAUUUUUGAACGCUCGUGUCUCGCCUUGCAGAAUUAUUAUUGUUGUUGUUGUUGUGCAUGGGUUUUUGUUUUGUUUUGUUUUGUUUUGAACACAGCGCGUGUUGAGUUGCCGCGCGCCGCCUGCUCCGUGGAUGGGGCCCGCGCGCCGCCGCGCUCCGCUCCGCCAAGCGGGCCGAUGGUAGCGCGCGACUCGCGCCGCACGGGACCAUGGUGGAGAGGAGCGGCAAGUUCCUGUUCGCCGUCGUCGGCUCGGCGCUCUUCAUGCUCAUCCUCUAUCAGUACGCGGCUCCCGGCGCCGUGACGUCCAGCUUCGGCUUGCCGCGCGCCUACGCGCCCGAGGACGACGACGCCGACGCGUUCCCCACGCCCGACCCGCACUACGUCAAGAAGUACUACUUCCCCGCACGCGACCUGGAGCGCGCCGUCGACUUCCAGAUCAAGGGCGACGACGUGCUCGUGUUCCUGCACAUCCAGAAGACCGGCGGCACCACGUUCGGGCGUCACCUCGUGCAGAACGUGCGGCUCGAGCUGCCCUGCGACUGCCGACCCGGUCAGAAGAAGUGCACGUGCUACCGGCCCAACCGCAAGGAGACCUGGCUGUUCUCGCGCUUCUCCACCGGCUGGAGCUGCGGACUGCACGCCGACUGGACCGAGCUCACCAACUGCGUGCCGGGGGUCAUCAAUAAGAAGGAGAGCAAACAGAAAAGCCAAAGGAAGUUCUACUACAUCACCCUACUGAGGGACCCUGUGUCACGCUACCUCAGCGAGUGGCGACAUGUCCAGCGGGGCGCUACCUGGAAGACGUCACUGCACAUGUGUGACGGACGCACACCGACCCCAGAGGAGCUUCCACCCUGCUACGAAGGCACAGACUGGUCAGGCUGUACCUUGCAGCAGUUUAUGGAGUGCCCCUACAACCUGGCCAACAACCGGCAAGUGCGCAUGCUGGCCGACCUCAGCCUGGUGGGCUGCUACAACAUGUCUUUCAUCCCCGAGAAGAAGCGUGCUCAGAUCCUGCUGGAGUCGGCCAAGAAAAACCUGCGUGACAUGGCCUUCUUUGGUUUGACCGAGUUUCAACGCAAAACACAGUACCUUUUUGAGCGUACCUUCCACCUCAAGUUCAUCCGACCAUUUGUGCAGUACAACAGCACGCGUGCAGCCGGCGUUGACCUGGACAACGACACCAUCCAGCGCAUUGAGGAGCUCAAUGAGCUGGACGUGCAGCUCUACGACUACGCGCGCGACCUUUUCCAGCAGCGUUAUAUGUAUAAGAGGCAGCUGGAAAGGCGUGAGCAGAGGCUGAAGAACCUCCGACGCUCAUCUGGCUCUAUAGCUUCUCCCAUGUUCCGGGAUGAGGCGGGUGACUCGGAUUCCUCGCGGUUGUCCACGGAAGAUUACAUGAACCAUAUUAUUAAUCGCUGGUAGCAGGAUUGAAGGAACAAGAGGUGUAGAAGUUUGGAGAAAUGAGAAAGGUGGUGCCGACCUCCGUGUCGGUGACCGGUAUUCUCAGCCCCCCAGAUUGUGAGCUACUGAACCUUACCAGGAAGACUUGACAUCCAGUAAGCUCUUUCUGCCUCGAUCAUGCCUAGAAUGACGUGAGGCUAAAGACCUUAACGACUCAAGGCACUAAGCCCACUUCAGCCUAAAAAGAGUUGAGUUCUGUGGGUUGAAUAACUCUUAAAUGCUAAAGACUAUAGGAAUUCUGUGCAAGGAAUACCUUAAGAGAAUGAUCAAGGGAACAUUGUAUAGAUAUUUGCCUAAAUGUCUGCUGCCAUUUCAGCCAUGGUUUUGAAAUAAUGUUCCAUAUCAUAGUUUGGAUGUUUUGUUUUCUUUUCAGGGUUCUUUUAAAUGAUUUUGUUCCCACCUCCUACAAGAGGUGUUUUUAAAGCACUGAGACCAACUAUGCUGCCUAAAGUCUAUUGUAUGCAAUUUUUCAGCUUCAUUUAGUCAUCGUUCAAAGAAAAGAAAAGUUGAGAAGAAUUGUUUAUUUUUAUUUUGUCAUUAUGUUCGUUUUUAUGACCAGAUAUGUGUGGACCGUAGCCAUUAUUUAAAUUUACAGCAUACUGUAUGGGGUUAAGGUAGCUAAUGGUGAAAGCUAAAUCUGCACUGGGUAGUUGUCAAAUAUCUUAUCUCAUAUCAACCCGGAAAAGUGGAUUUAACCAGCACAGCCCCAAGUGUUACCCUGUGUUCACACUGGCCACAUCAUGCCAUGACAUUGUAGCCAGAAGUCAUGCAUUUUCAAUGACAGAUAGCAAUUAGAGUGGCAAGAGGUGAAGCAACCAUUUGUGCCUCAGAGUGGGCAGGGCAAGCAAUGCAAAAAAAGUUGAGUGGACUUAUGCAAGUAGGAAGUGAAAAAUUUUGGCGACUACCAAUGGGAGCGAGAGAUCGGGGUAUACUUGCCCCAUAGUUAUCCGUGUUUUUUGGUUCCAGGUAUUGGUUACCAGUCACAGCUCCUCAACCAGCCAGUGAUGCUCUUUGUGCUAAGCUUGAAGUGUAUACGUCAUGUCUUCACAGAAUUGUCAGUGUUCAUGCUGCAAAUGGUUGUCAGUGUUUGCGAGGAGAAAACAUUAGUCGACUUGUUCAAAAAAUAAGUCAAGUGUGCACUGCAUGGAUGCCAUUAUUCCACAAGCAUUUUUGGUUCUAUUUUAUUUGUACAGCGCUUUUAACAAUAGACAUAAAUCCAGAUGCCGCUCUAGAUCCCUAGACAGAGCAAGCCAGAGGAGACAGUGGCAAGGAAAAACUCCCUGAGACUUCAUGAGGAAGAAACCUUUAGAGGAACAAGAAUUAAGACACCUCAUCUAGGUGACACUGGAUAGUGCGAUUGUAAAUUAUUACCCCAUACAGGUAUAGAAGAGUUAAGACAAACAGUACUAAGUGGUUUGAAGGGAUGUUGAGAAUCCUGGGAUGAGCACAGAACAGUCUUUAUCAUUAUAGCAGUAGUCUUUCAUAAAAAUCCACGCUGUUCAGCUGAGACAUCCUUCAGAUUCUUUUCUUAUUUGUCUUUAAAUGGGUGGUUUUGCAUACCUUCUGUAACUUCCCGUGUAGUUUGUACAGUCAUAGCGCACACUAGCCAGGCAAAAGCAGGGAAACCAUAGCAAAUGUCAGUAACUCAGGAUGUUAACGCCUACUAGCGACCAACAUACCACUUGAGCAACAUGGACAGUGUGAAUGCAGGGUUAAAGGAUACUGUUUAAUAUCUACAUGGAAGACAUCUUGAUUCAGAAGAGUCUAAGCUGUAUUUGAGUUUUAACCUGUUAUGGGUUCUGCGUGUCUGAAUGGAAAGGUAACAAUGUCAACGCCUUGUCUUAGGCUUUAUGGUAGUAUUACAGACUGUUUCAGGAAAAAAAAAAAAAAAGGCUUCAGAUCACAGUUAAAAAGCAGACACAGCCUGCAUAAAGGUCAUUGUUGUGCUCAGUUCCCCUUGACUACUCAUUUUUGUAUGGGUAAGAGUAUGGAUGUGUCUAUUAUUUAUACAUUCUAUAUAGUAUGAAUGUGCACACCAUAGAUUUUCUUUUGUGUGUGUGUGUGUGUGUGUGUGUCAUGAUGUCUUGCCAUGGUCUGCAGGGAAUGAAGCUAAAGUCAAUAUCACAAGCCUCCGCUAACUGCUCUCAUUCUAUCAACAACUGCACUUGACGACUAAACCCAACCGAGCCUGAAGAAUGAAGCGGUGACAUUUGGAAAUGUGAGUUGGCCCACUGGAAAUCUAGCUGUCUUCAAGCUAGCAGAAGAAACAAUUGUAUGUCUGGUCAUUCAGUCGGACUAUGAAAACCAAGAAACUACUGUUUUAGUGAGCGCGAAUGCAUAUUUAACCAAAUGCGAAAUACUUUAUACUACAAAAGAAGCUUGGCGUGACGUGUUCUCAAGGUUGCCUUUUCUCUAAAGUCAUUCUCUUGAUUUAUGUCCUUUUCUUUCAAAGUCUGGCAACCUUAUUGGGCAAUCUGGUGUUCACAGCCCAUAUAUUAAUGUCCAACAUGUAGGCUAAUUACACACCUUCCUAAAAACCUACAGUGUCCCCUACGAUGGCCCUGAAUGUGGUCUCCAGUUUUUGUUCAUCACAUUCCAAUUGUUCCAAUUUUUGGUUCUUAGCAUUGCACAAAUGUAUCACUGAAAGCCACAAAUAAAAGAAAUUUCAUUUUUA